AUGGUAGAUUGCAAACCUUAUGCCACACCCCUUUCAGUUAAAUUACCCAUCACCUCCACUGACUCUCUUCCUUGCACUCAACCUUCUGUGUACCGCAACAUUGUUGGUGCUCUCCAAUACCUUACCAUCAUCAGGCCUAAACUAUCAUAUGUUGUUAAUCAAGCUUGCCAGUUUAUGCACUCACCUAUUGUGGGAAAUUUCACUUCUGUCAAAUGGAUUCUUUGUUAUGUCAAGGUGUCCCAACCUUCUCCUCCAAUACUGUGGCGUGAUGACUUGUCAUCUAUUUCCUUAGCCACUAAUCAUGUCUUCCACAGGCGCUCUAAGCACAUCGAAGUUGAUUGGUACUUUAUCAAAGAAAAUGUUGUUGUUCAUCAACACAUUAUCAAAUAUGUUCCCACACAAGAUCAAUUGGCUGACAUUUUUACCAAAGCUUUAUCCACUGCUUGA